AUGCUGGAUAUGCGACAACGCCCCCUGUUGCUUGCCGCGCACAGGGAGAUCUGGGACCCUGCGUACCGAGCGGCCGAAUUAGAACCGCUCCCAAAUAACGAACAGUCUGUUCGUCUGGAUGUGUCCACCAUGACAACCGAUUUGGUCGAUGGAACUGUCUCGAAGCCUUCGGUAACCGAUCACAUUGCCCAAGAGCAUCUGGGCGAAGUUCACAGUACAAGAAGUACAGAAUAA